AUGGCUCCCAAGGAAGCUGCCAAGUUCGCCCCAGGUGACGCCAGCAAGGGCGCCAACCUCUUCAAGACUCGCUGCGCUCAGUGCCACACCACCGAGGCCGGCGGUGCCAACAAGAUCGGUCCUAACCUGCACGGCCUCUUCGGCCGUCAGACCGGCUCCGUUGACGGCUACUCGUACACCGAUGCCAACCGUCAGGCUGGUGUGACGUGGGAUGAGAGCACUCUGUUCUCCUACCUCGAGAACCCCAAGAAGUACAUUCCCGGAACCAAGAUGGCUUUCGGUGGUCUCAAGAAGCCCAAGGACCGCAAUGACCUCAUCACCUGGCUCAAGGAGAGCACCGCCUAA